UGUCUCUCCCAUCUAAACAUGAUAAGCCACACAUCACCUCCAUCCUCCUCGUAUAUAUACACACAUUUCACUCACUUCACAGACAACUAGGGAGUUGAGGGAUCGAUCAAGAAAGGCCAAAAACCAUGGCGGCCAAAUCAAGCCCUCUUCUUUCUUCUGUCACUAAUCUCCUCCUCAUCGUAGCAGGCUUUAUCACCGCUGCUUCUGCCACUUCUCCGGUAGGAGGAGCCGCCGCCGCCGGCGACCGUAUAGUCUCCCUUCCCGGACAGCCAGAGGUCUCCUUUGCCCAGUACUCCGGCUACGUCACCGUCGAGGAAACCGCCGGCCGGGCCCUCUUUUACUGGCUGACUGAGGCCCAGACUCGCCCAGGCUCCAGACCUCUCCUCGUUUGGCUCAAUGGAGGUCCAGGUUGCUCGUCUGUGGCCUACGGGGCAUCAGAAGAAAUCGGACCGUUUAGGAUAAACAAAUCAGCUUCAGGGCUUUACCUCAACAAAUUCUCUUGGAAUCGAAUGGCCAAUUUACUAUUUCUUGAAACUCCGGCCGGCGUCGGCUUCUCCUACACCAACCGGACGGCCGACCUUCUUGAAACCGGCGAUUCUCGCACUGCAAAGGACUCGUUGCAAUUCCUCAUAAAGUGGAUGUAUCGGUUCCCGUGGUACAAAGGUCGGGACGUCUAUCUGGCCGGAGAGAGCUACGCCGGCCACUAUGUUCCUCAACUUGCUCGAGAGAUUGUGCAUUAUAACAAUAUCGCCCAUCCCAAAACCCCCAUUAAGAUCAAAGGGUUUAUGGUGGGGAAUGCAGUUACGGACAACUACUACGACAACUUAGGUACGGUGGAGUACUGGUGGAGCCAUGCCAUGAUCUCUGACAAGACUUACCGGCAGCUGGUGAACACGUGUGAUUUCCGGCGACACAAAGAAUCUGACGAGUGUGAAUCUCUUUACUACUAUGCCAUGGACCGGGAGUUCGGAAACAUCGACCAGUACAACAUCUACGCUCCUCCUUGUAACCAUUCUGAUGGCUCGUCGUCGAGCCGACACCACAUGCGGCUUCCUCAUCAACCUCGUCCCGCCGCCGCAGCAAGGUACAGAGGCUAUGAUCCGUGUACUGAGAAGUAUGCAGAGAUCUACUACAACCGUCCCGAGGUCCAAAAAGCGAUGCAUGCCAACACCACUCGUAUUCCAUAUAAAUGGACUGCUUGCAGUGAAACGUUAAAUCGGAACUGGAAUGACACUGCUGAUUCCAUCCUCCCGAUCUAUCGAGAACUAGUUGAAGCUGGCUUGAGAAUCUGGGUUUUCAGCGGUGAUGUGGAUUCAGUGGUACCCGUAACUGCUACCCGUUAUUCGCUUGCACAACUCAAGUUGCUCGUCUCAACUCCAUGGUACCCUUGGUAUGUCAAGAAACAGGUGGGAGGAUGGACUGAGGUUUACAAAGGGCUAACCUUUGCAACAGUACGAGGGGCUGGACAUGAAGUUCCAUUGUUCAAGCCUAUGGCGGCUUUGCAAUUAUUGAGCUCAUUCUUGAGAGGGGAACCUCUUCCCAAGUCAUAGAGGUGGACACAUGUUGUGACUAAGCUAACUAUUUUAUGUUAACGUUUUUAUAUUAAUGUUCUUACUCAACAAAUGGUUUAUAAUUAGGUGUAUUAUUGGGUGGGGAUCAAAUGUAGAAAUAUGGUUAAGUGUUGUAACAUCAUCAUCAUUUGCUGAUGUGAAGUAAGUUUAAUUUGAUGAAGUGCCAAAUCUUGUGUAGCGUACUAGCGAGUCAUGGUGUGGUACGCGGCGGUCCAUUAUAAAGUUAGAUUCAAUUCGUUAAUUGUUGUACCCAAGCCGUUAUAUUCAGAUUUCAGAGUAAUUAGAAACAUCA